UGUGUUACAGGAAACCCGUGCCUUUUGCUCGCAUUAGAUGUCAAAAUGUACGCCAAUCGUGCCCCCCCGUCGAGCGUGCAACUUGCCCUGUCCGCGAGAUGAGCUCCGCCCUCAACCACGAUACAGGCACCAGACACGCGGCCGGAUGACGCUUGCCGUCAGCCGCCAUGCCCGUUGGGGUUCCGCCGAUCGAUCUGCUGCUGCUGCUGCUGCUGCACGACCUUGUCCCCGACGGUGCUGGCUGGAGUCGCCGAGGCCGUCGUUCUGUGCGCGGGCCAGGCAUUGUAUUUGAUGUCAUAACGCGCCACUGUUUCGUUUGCUCUUUCUGUCUGUCUCUUCUUGUUCCUUCUACAGCGCCAUUGUCUUUGCCUGCACAACCACACGUACAAGUCUGCACGGCUUGUGUGAUCAUCGUCUCCCCGGCACACGCACGCGUGGCGCGGCUUGAAAACAAUAUCCAUCACAGCGACAACGACAAUGGCCGCCGCCCCCGCGCCAGCAGGGACAGGCAACGACCGCGUCGUCGUGCGCGUCGGGGAGAAGCAGUUCUUCACGACCAAGACGACCCUCGCGCCGGCGCGCUUCUUCGCGACGCUCUGGGCGCUCGCGGAGCCCGCCGCCACCACCGCCGACGGCGGCGGCGAGGAGUGCGAGUGCUACUUUGUCGACGGCGACGCGGGGCUCUUUGAGCACGUCCUCUGCUUCCUCCGCACGCGGCGCUUCCCGCUCUUCUACAGCCGGCAGCAAGGGUUCGACCAGGGGCUGUACCUCGCGCUCCUGCAGCAGGCGCGGUUCUACCAGGUGCAGGCGCUCGAGGCGUGGAUCGCGGAGAAGCGGUGCCUCGACGCCGUGUGGAUCAGCUCGCGCGCCGUCAGCGACACGCUGUACGGCGACAGGCAGUUCCUGCACAUGCAGGAGAAGCUCUGGGCGAGCGCCGAGGAGGCGCAGGUGCUGUCGCUCAAGGAGACGGGCUCCGCGUCCAAGCAGUGGAGGUGCCCGGGCAACGUGUGGAAGCACGACGGCAACCGGCUGGCCUGCCACCGCGCGAGGUGUCCCGGGGGCCUGACGGGGCUCUCCCUGGCCGACAUGCGGACGUGGAAGGUCGAGCUGCGGCUCACGGCCGUCGAGAUUCGCGACAGCGUCUUGGACGCCGGGCCGGACCCCCCCCCCGCCGACGGCCCUCCGCCGUACGACUUUACCGACUAA